UGUCCCCAACCCGUCCCGCCAGCCCGGGCAAAGGGCAGCGUGACUCACGGCGCUGCCACCAGCCCACGGCUUGCCCGCGGCGUAUAUAGGCUGCCCGGUGGGAGGCGGCGAGCCCUGCCCGGCCCGAAGUGCGCAGAGCAUGGCCAGGGGCGCGGAGCGAGGCCGCGGGGGCUCCGGCUGGGGGCUGCGGGGCGCGCUGGCGGCGGUGGCGCUGCUGUCGGCGCUCAAUGCUGCGGGCACCGUGUUCGCGCUGUGUCAGUGGCGUGGGCUGAGUGCGGCCGUGCGGGCACUGGAGGCUCAGCGCGGCCGGGAGCAGCGCGAGGACAGCGCGGUGCGCUCCUUCCUGGCUGAGCUGAGUCGCACGCGGCGCAGGGCGCCCGCGCCACCCCCGGACCCCGCCAGCGCCGCGCGCAACAAGCGCAGCCACAGAGGGGAGCCCGCACCACACAUCCGCGCCGAGAGCCACGACAUGCUGAUGAUGAUGACCUACUCCAUGGUGCCGAUCCGAGUGAUGGUGGACCUCUGCAACAGCACCAAGGGCAUAUGCCUCACAGGACCCCCUGGCCCACCAGGACCUCCAGGAGUCGGUGGGCUUCCGGGACACAACGGAUCAGACGGACAGCCUGGUCCCCAGGGCCCAAAAGGAGAAAAAGGGGCAACUGGAAAACGAGGAAAACUGGGACUGCCUGGAGCCACAGGAACUCCAGGGGAGAAGGGAGACCCUGGUGAGCUGGGCUUGACUGGAAAUGAGGGCCCAGCAGGGCCAAAGGGUGACAAAGGAGACAAAGGGGAUGUGUCCAAUGAUGUGCUCCCCACAGGUGCUAAAGGCGACCAAGGCCCACCUGGACCCCCUGGACCCCAGGGCCCUCCAGGUCCCCCAGGACCACCUGGAAGCAGAAGAUCUAAAGGCCCUCGGCAGCCAAACAUGUUCAAUGGCCAGUGUGCAGGUGAGACAUGUGCCACACCGAACGAUGGUACGUUGGUUGGAAAGGCUGAUGAGAAGGCCGGGGAUCACCAUUCUCCACCAGCAGAAUCUGUGAUCGCUUCCAUCGGGAGUCCAACACAAGUACUGAAAGUUAGAGAGACAUUUGGGACGUGGAUAAGAGAGUCUGCAAACAAGAGUGAUGAGAGGAUCUGGGUGACCGAACAUUUCUCAGGCAUCAGGGUGAAGGAAUUCAAAGACCAACCAUCACUGCUGAACGGCAGUUACGCACUCGUGCAGCUGCCGUAUUAUUUCCAUGGCUGCGGGCAUGCCGUUCACAACAACUCUCUCUACUACCACAAAGGAGGUUCCAACACCAUAGUGAGAUUUGAUUUUGGCAAAGAAACAUCCCAAACUCUGAAGCUUGAAAAUGCCCUGUAUUUUGAUCGAAAAUACCUUUUUGCAAAUUCCAAGACUUACUUCAAUUUAGCUGUGGAUGAAAAGGGCCUUUGGAUUAUCUACGCUUCAAGUGUGGAUGGCUCGAGCAUUCUCGUCGCCCAGUUGGAUGAGAGGACAUUCUCUGUGGGGCAACACAUCAAUACCACGUACCCCAAAACCAAGGCCGGCAAUGCCUUCAUUGCCCAAGGGAUCCUUUAUGUUACAGACACCAAAGACAUGAGGGUAACAUUUGCUUUUGAUUUGUUAGGAGGGAAACAGAUCAAUGCUAACUUUGAUUUAAGAACUUCCCAGUCUGUUCUUGCCAUGUUAUCAUAUAAUAUGAGAGACCAGCAUUUAUAUUCGUGGGAAGAUGGCCAUUUAAUGCUUUAUCCCGUGCGGUUUUUGUCAUCUACAUUAAACCAGUGAAGAGAGGCAUCCUGUUCCCCUCAGUAACUUUCAGAUGUUCUCUGGCAUCAUUUAUAGCCCAACAUAAAUCUUGUCUGUAGGGUAACCAGGUACUUAGCUGUCAUAAUCUCAUGACAUGAGUGUUGAUAUGGUCAGGGAACCCCCUUUAAGUUCAGAUGCCUUAGGGGGAAAUAGCAAAGACAAAGUAAAAAAAAAAAGCUGAGAUUUGGUGAUUUCUCCACAGACUAGCUGGCCAAGUUACCCCUCUCUCGUUAGGCCUUGUUUUCCCGACGGGUAAUAGGCAAGGCCUGGCGCAGCUGAUUGGCAAGAAUUCCUCCACCUGUAGGAAACUCCAUGAUUCUCGCCAUUGCUGCCCUCCCAACGGUUAUACAUUUGGUUUUGGAUUUCGGGUAUUUAGCCGCGUGCUGAGCAAAUUUACCUCCGAGUUUCUAAGCCCAAUGACUUGAGCGGAGAAUUCCUGAGUACUGACUUGUUUUCAGUGCCUCGGGGGAGCCUCUUGGACCCUUUCAGGCUGCGGAGGAACCAGAUUGCCUGUAAUUCAUUACCUUUCUCUGCCUCUGCACCUGCCACCCCAGCACCACAAUGAUCAGUAUCCUCAGCUCCCGCUGGUCCCUCCAGGAUUAGCAAAAAGCCAGGCACAGGCUACACGCUUGGGUUUGCUAAUAAAACAGAAAUAGGCCCUUCUAGGCUUCCAUCCAUCUCUGAGCAUGCUGAUUUGCAGGUGUGGAUAAACGUCGACUCCUCAGGUCGUCCUGGCUUCCACAGCAAUGCCUCUGCUCUCGGAGAACUAAAUAUUGUGUAAGUAGGCAUGAACCUGGCUAGAGCCAUGGGACGACACCCUUGGCAGUUCUCCAGAGAGGCCCGGUAUGUGGCUAUUAUCUAGAACGUGGACAGACCGACUACGGCCCUGAGGCCAAGCGUGCCCACUGCCGGUCUCUGUAAGUUGUGCUGGAAUGCAGUCACAUGCAUUUGCUUAUGUAGACUAGUUUGUGACUAUUUCAGCAGAACUAAGUUGUUGCAAAAGAAGUUGAGGAGGGGCCCGCAAAGCCUAAAACACCCGCUGGCCCUUUACAGCAAAAAUUUGCCAAUCCCCGAUCUAGGAUAUAAAGCGAGCCUGUUGGAAGGUUAAUUCACCAGGGGCUGUUAUGUUUUGUUUCGUUUCACAUUAAGAAGGAAUAAGUUAUAUGGUUUGAGUGUUUGGUAGAGGCGAACGGUGGGAACAGCAUAAAAUUAAGUGGCCCUCCCCAAAAGCAGUUUGUAAACUGUUCUUUCCCUAAUAAUAAUCUCCUUGGGUGCCCUGGGGGAAAAUCCGGCAUAACUUGCACCUGAAUGCCCUUAAGCAUGUAUUUUCUGCCAAAUCCGUUCUUCAAACAUUCUGCAGCCUGGGUUCCAGGCAGGGCUGGUAAGAGGAGAGAGGAAUCUGGAAAGUUACUGGGGGUCCCAAGGCCAGGAAGGGGACUUAGGGAUUUUCACCACUUUGUCUUUGUUGAACUCAUGUGUGUGGGGGAGAAGAGCUAUAUGCUCAAGGGUUUUUCCCCUGUGACUUCCAAUUCACAUUUGGGAGGCCCGGAGUUGUGGCUUUAUACCAUAUUAAUAAAAGCAUUUUGAAACCUAA